GAUUUUCUCUUGUACAGACGACAAUAACAAUCCCGAGUUGCAGCUUGCCCUAAAUGUGUAGUCGCGACAGAUAUAUAUAUAUCCAUCGUGAUCAACUCGGCUUGUCACCAACAGUCCAGUCGAUUAUGAAAAAACCCCCAGCUAAAAAAGAAGGAAACAGCCAGACACACUUUGAUGUUUUUAUUGGGUUUCCGGCGACGUCGUGCGAAUUGCGCACACACAAUAACAACAGGGCACGACAAUCAAUUCGACUUUGGUGCUCCUAACGAACCUUUCACGCCUUUUCCUAUUCUUACAUGUCGUCUGAAAAAUAUUUCGUUCAUACAGUCCCGCUAUAUAUCUUUAUUCCCUCCUCCUCUGGCCGUAUCAAAUGUCUGGAACCGUAAGGUGCGCACUGGUUGGACGGGCAUCUUUUGUCGAAUGCUGUGUGUAGAGCUGAUUCUCUCUAUAGACCAGCAACAUGCCCUUCAGCAGUGUGUUUUCAUUUAUCUCCUCGUUCAAGUUGUUCCGUUUCUAAGUGGUCGCUCCCGUUUGCCGGAAAUGUUGAAAAUCGAGACGAGCCUUUGGCCGCUGAUUGUUUGGAUGAGGAUCGUCGGCUUCCACAUGGGUCCCAGCCGGAAGAAAGAAUCGGCAUCUCCCAAUCGUCAUCGCUAUUCCGUCUGUCUGCUAAUGACAGGAUCGAUGAUGCUCCUGUCGACCGUUGCUCUCCACUGUACCUCGUUCGUUCGCAGUUUCCUCAAGUUCAGGGCCAACGGGAUGGCCCAGCACAACGGCACGACAGCCAAUUUGACGACGGCCAAUCGGCUCAACGUCGGCAUCGAGCACCUGAAUUACACCUGCGUCCUCAUCGGCGUCCACACGACCUUCUUCUUUGUUUCUCUCACGUCCAACUGGACGGGACUGUGGGAUUCACUGCAGCUGAUCGAGGCCAAUCUCAAAUUCAAUUCCACAUUUUAUCGCAAGUGCCAAAAGUGUGUCGUCAUCGGAUUUGCCAUUUUAUUCGUCGAUUUCGCCAGCCAGUUGUUUAUUUCGAUCCAUUCAUUUUACUGGGACAUGGGAUGGAUGAGUCCGUUGGCCAUCGUCCUGGCCAACAUCUCCCGGACGACCAUUUCCAGCGUGUUUCUGCUCUUUUUUGUUCUGGCCAGGGUCAUCACGCUCGUCUUCCAGGGACUGAACGAGCAAAUCAUUCACCUGGACGAGGUGGAACAGGUGCCGCAGUGCUACUCCGUCAGCCGGAUCUUGAACGUCCGCCUAGAGAAAUGGCGUAGGAAUCACGCUUUAGCCUGCGAACUGGUCGAGAUGGUCAACAAAUGUUUCGGCUUCGUCAUGCUCAUCACGUUGGUCAACGUUUUCGUCAGUUUCGUGACGACUUCGUUCGAAAUCGUCCGAUCCAUGGAAGACGAUGAGACGUUGCCAUUUCUGCUGGUCUUCAUCUUCGUCAAAAAGUCGAUCCUGCUCACCAUCAUGUUUUACGAGCCCUAUCGAUUGCAGGCCGAGACCGGACGGACGGCGUCGUCGCUCAGGAGGCUGCACCCGUUCACCGCCGAUCUUUUCACGCAAAUCAAAGUGAAUACGGUCGUGAUGGAAGUCACUCACGCCUGUCCCAAAAUCACGGCCAUCGAGUUUUUCGACGUGAAUCUCAAACUGUUACCAACGUUAAUUGGCAGUACCCUGACGUAUGUGGCCAUUCUACAUCAAGUGGCUUCGCAUUCCAAAUAGAAAAUCAUUCCACACAUUUUUCAAUCAAUUCAAUACAUAUUUUGCGUUAUACCUAAUCUA